AUGAGAUUUAUCUCUAAUGCAUUUAUUUUCUCAUUAUCAAUACUUUUGAUGUUGUCAAGCACAAUUUACUCACAACAAAAGGAGUAUGAGAAUCAUAUAAAAUCAGCAACAUUUGUGUCUGAAAAGUUUGAAAUUGGACCCGGAAACGUUGUUUCUAAAGCAUUGAUGGAAAUUGAGUUUCCAAAGGGUCAUAUUGGUGUAAAGAGCUUUGACGUUGAUCUAAUUGAUGAAGAAGGAAAUUCUAUACCAUUGUAUGAAACUUACCUUCAUCAUUGGUUUGUUAUAAAUUUUAUAAAUAAGAAUGUGUCACACGAUCAUAAUGCUCAUACCAAUCCCUAUGAGGAUGCCAUUUUCAAAAGAAACGAUGGAACUUGCAAUGGAGGUAUUCUUCCACAAUAUUGGGGUUUGGGAAGUGAAUCAAGAGGAACAAGUUCAAAGAUUCCAGAUCCUUUUGCAGUUGAAGUAGGUAACCCUAAAGCUAUUCCACAAGGGUCGGAAGAGAAAUGGUUAUUUAGCAUCAUGGUCAUCGAUACACGUGGCACAGAAAAUAGGAAAAGUUGCAGUGAAUGUAGGUGUGACCAAUUUAACCUCCCAGAGAAUUAUUUUAAUGUGACAGUUGACAUCAAUGGAAAACCAUUGAGCCCUGACUAUAAAGGAGGAAUUUCAAACAUCCCAAUGGAUAAAGGUGGUUACCUUAUCUACGGCACUGCUCAUAUGCAUUCAGGUGUUGUUAUUGCAAGUCUAUAUGGGCAGGAUGGAAAGGAGUUGUGCACAUCAACACCAAGAUAUGGAACGGGAAAGGAAGCAGGAAAUGAGGAAGGUUACGAGGUUGGAAUUGAAUCAAGAGGAACAAGUUCAAAGAUUCCAGAUCCUUUUGCAGUUGAAGUAGGUAACCCUAAAGCUAUUCCACAAGGGUGGGAAGAGAAAUGGUUAUUUAGCAUCAUGGUCAUCGGUACACGUGGCACAGAAAAUAGAAAAACUUGCAGUGAAUGUAGGUGUGACCAAUUUAACCUCCCAGAGAAUUAUUUUAAUGUGACGGUUGACAUCAAUGGAAAACCAUUGAGCCCUGACUAUAAAGGAGGAAUUUUUUGUUGCCAUGAUAACUUUCAAUGCAAACUGAGAAAGGGGUUUGAAGCCCCAAGAAGAAAUCUUGCCCUAAGAUACAAAGUAACAUGGGUUGAUUGGGACGAACAACAAAUUCCCGCUAGAUUUUAUAUACUUGAUUCCACUGAUCGGGUGAAAACUAUUGGUUCUCAAAUAAUACAUGACUGCCAGUCUGAGUAUACUAUUCCAGAAAAUAAUGGCGAUGAUCCGUUUCAUGUUCAAAAAGCAAACAUCCCAAUGGAUAAAGGUGGUUACCUUAUCUACGGCACUGCUCAUAUGCAUUCAGGUGUUGUUAAUGCAAGUCUAUAUGGGCAGUGUUAG